AUGAACAACGGGAUCAGUCGUACCGAUCCAUCCGACGACUACCAACUCUUGCAACGCGUUGGACAUGGCACCUACGGCGAGGUCUACAAGGCCAAGAAGAUAUUGUAAGUCUGAGAUUGAUUUAUGAGCUAUAUUUAUAGAUAUUGUUGUUUUCGAGGGUCUGUUUUUAGUGGAUUAUCGAACUAAAGUAAUAUUUUUUGGUUUUUGCGAAUGUUUUUUGUCUUGUUUGUGAAUAAUUUAUGGAGGAAUGUGUAACAGCGGAUUAGUAUGCAAGGAUUUUUUUGUUUUUGUGGUGUUAUGCAAAUAUUAUAGCCAAAUUUGUAGGGAUUGGACUUAUACUGAAAUUGAGAAACUGGUUUUUAAAAUGAACUUACAUAACUGAAAACAUAAUUUAUAAUAAAAACGAUGUGAAUGAAAUUAAUGAAUGUUAUAUCUAAAAUUAUAAAUAUUUCUAAACUUACAGAGAUGGAACCUUGGCAGCUAUCAAGGUGGUUAAGAUCGAAGCAGGUGACAACUUUUCGGUAAUACAACAAGAAAUUGUUGUUUUGAGAGAAUGUGUUCAUCCCAACAUCAUAUCUUACUAUGGGAGUUAUCUUCGACGAGAACGCCUAUGGAUAGUAAUGGAGUAUUGUACUGGAGGAUCUCUACAGGAUAUUUAUCAUAGUAGGUUUUGAUCGUAUUUCUUGAAUUUAGGUAUUAAUUUUUUGUAGUUUCUCAACUUGUUUUUAUUUAUACUUAACUUAUGUUUGAAAGUAUAACUUUACUGAAAUUAAUAUAUUGUUUCAGUGACGGGUCCUUUAACCGAACUACAAGUAGCCUUUGUUUGUCGUGAAACUUUGAAAGGUUUGGAAUAUCUACAUGCCAAAGGAAAGGUGCACAGAGACAUCAAAGGCGCCAAUAUAUUGUUGUCACAUUCCGGUGAUAUCAAACUGGCUGAUUUUGGUGUAGCUGCUCAGAUAACAGCGACAAUUGGCAAGAGAAAGUCAUUCAUUGGUACUCCUUAUUGGUAAGUCAUCUCUCUUUUAGUGUUUAUGUGUUUAGGAUGGCACCAGAAGUUGCGAAUGUAGAACAAGGUGGAGGUUAUGGUGUGGAAUGUGAUGUUUGGGCAGUUGGGAUAACAUCGAUUGAGCUGGUCGAACUACAGCCUCCUUUGUUUGAUCUACAUCCUAUGCAAGUGUUAAGGAUGCUAACCAAGUCUGGGUACAAGCCUCCAAAGCUAAAAGAAAAGAAGAAGUGGUAAGUAGAUUGUGUAGAAUCAUAUUUAAUUUCAGUUUAAUAUUUGGUUAUAUUAUUAAUAAUAUGAAAUGAACCUUAAUCAGUUGUUUAGGUCUCCAAUGUUUCACGAUUUUGUAAAAGCUUGUUUGGUAAAGAAUCCAAAGAAACGCCCUAGUCCUUCAAAACUGUUACAAGUAAGUCAAUUUUUUUAACAGUAGAGUUUUGUGUUUUAUCGUACGUGUUUUGCACAACAAUUCAAAAUAUUUUUUUUAUAAUUUAGGUAACAUUUAUUUUGUUUUAGUCUCAUCACUUUGUUUGUGGCUCUUUAAGCUCGAGACUAACUCGAGAGUUACUUGACCGCGUAAAUAAUCCAGGGACACAACAUGUACAACAACAAAAUCGACCUUUAAGGGAUUCUAUCAGUAAGUUUUUAAGGUAUUUGGCAAAGUCUAACUUGGUGUUUAUACUCUAUAAGAUUAAUUUUUUGGCUAUGUUUUUUAAUUUUUAACAAUAUUUCAUUUCAGAUGAAGCAAUCGAAGCUGAAUUCGAGAAAAAAGACAAAAAACAGUUUUGCGAAUACAUUACCGAACUUUCUGAUACGUAAGUUUUCAAAAAUAAUCUUAUGUUUUAACUAUUCUUUGAAGGUUUUUAUUUUCAAAUUUAGAGAAUCAGAUUCGAUAGGUGGAUAUCAAGAAAGAGAAACCAUACCUCUGGAAGAGAAGUUGGAUCGCUCAGGGUUAAUAUCAUGUCCUUUGGCUCAUGUAGAGUCUUCUACCGACGAAGAACAGGACGAUUCACCCUGUACAUCUUCAUCUCAGGACCUCUCUGACAUUCCUCCGCCAAGCUUUCCCGAACGCAUUGUGAGUCGACCGGUAAAGAAGAACCAUCUGGACCUGAAGUUGAGUAAUGUGAGGAUAAAAAGCGACCGGUCGGCUUCUCUAGAGCCGUAUUCUCAGUUACUGAACAACUCCAUGAACAAGUUCAAAUGGAGGCCGGGACAAGAUGGUCAGACUCCGUUGGCAGCCAGGCCAACUACUUGUUAUGGACUGGUACCUACACCACAGGUCAGUAUGGGAGCUUGUUUCUUCAACAUAUUUCACGAUUGUACGCUGAAUGUGAAUUGUGUAGCGUCGUGGAUUCAUCCAGCUAAUCAUAGACAAUAUCUUUUGAUUGGAGCUGAAGAAGGCAUCUUCACGCUGAACUUAACUGAACUUCAUGAAAAUACACUGAAUCAAGUAGGUUUUGUUAAUUAUCAUAUUUUUUAGGUAGUUGUACGUUGUCUUAUUGAUUUAUCAAUUAAUUUUGGCUUUUGUUUUUUAAAUAUUAGAUACACUGAUUUUGUAUGAACAUGUUGUUGUUGAUUUUAAACGUAUUCUCUUUAGAUACACGAUCGAAGAUGUGUUUGGAUGCAUGUCAUAGAUGACGUUUUGACUGCUCAGCAAGGAAAGACGUCGUAUUUGUAUCGACAUGACGUGUUACAACUUCUGAGUCAGCAGUUGAUUGUGCAGAAGGCUUCGAAAAAAGUGACGAAGCUACCUGAAAAACUGAAGCCGCGACUGUUUCAAGCUACGAUACGACUGCCGGAGACGAAGUAAGGGUUUUAAAGAUCAUAUAAUUUUAAUCGACGAUUAUCUUUUACAUUGUGUUAUAAUUUACAUUUUUGAACGGAAAUUUUACCUAAAAUUUUUCCAGGGAUGUAUAUCAGUGUAAUGUGGAGAAGAGUGUGAUCAACGGUAACACUUACAUGUGCUGUGCCGUUCCCAACAAGAUCCAACUCUUCCAAUGGUUUGAACCACGAUCUUCUUUCAUCUUCUUAAAGGCGGUUGAAGUCAGUAAUCUACCUCGACCCAACAUACGACCAUUCCACCUUGUCUUUGGAGCAGGAGCAUUAAGCGCUGACUAUCCUCAAGUGUGUAUAGGUGUCUUCAAAGAAUCGGCUACAUCUUCAGAUGACUCAACGUUAAAAGCGGAGACUUCGUUGGAUGAUGUAGAUCAAUUCAGCUUUAAAUUUGCUGAUUUCAAUGACAAUGGCAGACUGGAAGACUUUGUAUCUAAAGGAUGGAAUGCUGACUUUUAUGAAACUCUGAGGCCUUUGGGCACAACCAAAACACUCACGUUGUCAGAGAGAAACAAGUGUGAUGUUGUUGCCUUCAAACAACUUGAUCGAGACACAUACUUCUUGGCUAUUGGCAAUCAGGUACGUGCUUGUUUAAAGAUUUUUAGUCUUCUUGUUGAUAAGGUUUAUUGUAACUUUACCUUGAUUUUUGUUAAGUGAUAAGGUUUUUUUUGAAUAAUAAUAUGUUUUAGUUUACUUUAAAAUCUUUUUUUUAGAUUUUCAUCACAGAUGUAGAUGGGAAAGUGAAGAAUACAGAUCUGAUGCAAACAAGAUUCAAAUUUGACUUUACAUUGUCAUAUGCCAUUCCCUUGGCUGAUUCAGUACUCGCUUUUCACAAGUAUGGCGUGGAAGGUCGGUCAUUCUUUAAUGGAGCCAAAACUCAAGAUUUGAAAGAUGAAUCCAAGAGUUUCGAACUGAUUGGAAACGACUCGUAAGUUUAUUUUUUACGAUAAAAGAUAUUAUCUUAUUUAUGACGAUAAACUUAAGCUUGAAUUAAAUUUACAUUGUGAUUUGCAAGAAGUAAGUAUUUAGGUAUCUUUUAAUCAAACAUUGAAUUCUUGUGUUUUACUGAACUCUUUAAUUUGCAGAAUGCUGGUACUGAAGAGUACGCCCCUCGAAAAACGACCUCAACCCCAAACUCCGACCGUGAACACGGCCAAAUCAUUUAUCUCGUUGCCUGCUAUUGUAUCUACCAUAACCUCGAGCUCUGCUACCGCUGCCGACAAGCCUCUGGUGGACCCGUUCGACCUCUGUAUAUUAACUGGACACGUCUCCACUCUCGCCGUACCUUAA